AUGAUUCUGCUGGUGAUCUGCACGAAAUGGCUACUCAUUGGAAGGUACCGAGCAGGAGCGUGUUCGGUGAAUUCGUGGGCCUUCUUGAGGUGGUGGGCAGUGGAUCGGCUGCUCGUCUUCGUGAACGAGCUCUGCUUGGGAGCCUUUCGGGGGGGGCCGGUCUACUUCGCCUACCUUCGCUCGCUUGGCUUGCAGGCCGCUGGCUACUGCCGUAUCGACACACGCCACGUCUCAGAGUUCGACCUUAUCUCUUUGGGACGCUGUUGCGUUGUCGCCGAAGGCGCGAAGCUGCGCCCUGCCGCCGCCGAGGCUGCAGAGCUCCAGCUGCGGCCAUUGGCUUUUGGGGACUACUGCGCCGUGGGCGAGAACGCUGUCUGCACUGCUGGCUGUGCAGUCGGGGAUCAUGUGACCCUCCAGCCCCUGUCCAUGUUGUCGGGACGCACCGGUCGGACUUUGCCAGAUGGCUCGGUCUGGAAGGGUGCUUUGCUGGUGCAGUCCAGACAGCAACCGAUUCGGGUGCCUGCUGGAUUACUCUGCCACGAUCUUCUCGGAGACGUCUUUGCCCUGCUCCUCACACUUUUUCUUCAGACAGGCUGCAGCUUGGUGGCUUACUGCACUUUUGGGCUGCUGGCAGAGGCACAAGGAUUCGGCGUGGGCCGCGCUUGGCGCUGGCAGGCGGAGCCUGAAGGCUACCUUUUCGCUGCAACCUGGCUGCUGUUUGGUCCGCCGGUGAUGGCCUCUGCCGACGUUCUCUUGGAUCUUGAUUUGGCUGGAAUGGCCGAUCAGGUCACGGCAUCGAUGGGCCUGAAACGGUGGGAGUUCGGUCUGCGCUUGGCAGGAAUGGUGGUGGUGAGUUUCGCGGUAUAUGGCUGGUCGCUAACACUGAGCUCAGCGUUUCUUUGCAGGUACAUCCGCGGAUCUCGGAACUUGAACUCCUGGUUUUUUCAGGUGCGGCGUGUCGUGCUCAGGCUGACCUUUCCCCGAUACCCAGCACAGUUGGCGGGCACAUGGGCCAUGUCGUUGUACCUACGCCUUCUGGGUGGACGUGUGUCUCUGCAUGCGACGGUGGCUGUGUCAGAACCACCGCUGGAACCGCGCAAAUUGCACGUGGGAGAGGGGGCGUUGCUGCUCACUCACCAAGCCCUGGGUGAAUGUGAGGUGGGGCAGGGCUCCGUCGUAGGCGCUGGGGCCGUCCUCCUCCCCCAUUCACAGGUGGAGGCUGGAGCGGUGGUGGGCGCGAUGUCGGUGGCCGGCCGGCCUGUGCGGUCAGGCCUGCAACUGGUGGGCAAUCCGGGAGUUAUCAUGCGGAGGGCAACCCUGGAGCAGGAGCCCAGGACUGGAUGGGGAAGGCACUUCCUGCGAAGGUCUGUGAAGUGCUUGUAUCCGCUGGUGGCGCCCAUGCUCCUGCAAAUGCUGCUGCUGACGACCCUGCUGCCAGCAAUGUACGUGCUGACUGUGCUGCUGGACAUGCUCGUGCGUUCACAACAUGGUGCAGGCUUGGUGCUGGCCGUGGCCUUACCAGCAGCCUACGUGGCACUGGGCUGGUGUUUGUGUCUUCUUGCAGUGCCGGUGCACCGGUUACUCUCUGGCUGUGUGAAUGGUUCCUGGUGUGCGUUCGGGUCGGUGCGGCACUUCCUUGCCACGUUCUCUGAGCAGUUGAACUCGAUGUCCAUUGCCAUCUUCAUGGGCAUGGCCUUCGGCUCGCCCUUCUACAACUUCUGGCUCAAGGCAAUGGGUAGCAACGUGGCCAGCGACGCCCUCCUCUUGACUGCUGUGGCAGGCGAUUACCGGGCCCUGACCAUCGGCCGCGGGGCUUCAGUCGACAAAGAGGCCGUGCUAUCCUGCAGACGUUUGCUUCCAGGACCGAAAGGUGCGGGGUUCUACGUCUGCCAAAGUCGAGUGGUCAUCGGACCUGGAAGCAGCGUGUCGCAUUCAGCUGCAGUUGUCGCAGGAGAGACAGGCAGUCUGAGCACUCUGGCACCUUUGUCCGCCGUCGCACCUUCUACACGGCUCCCUGCCCAGACCUUCGCAGUUGGUCUGCCACCUCAAGCAUUUCCCUGGUCGAAAGCGAGCUUGGUGAAGCCCAGCGCCAGGCCGCUUCCUCGCGAGCUGCGCCCGCCUAUCCUUCUGCCUAUCUUUGUCAGCCGAGCCAUUGGCCGUAUGAAGGUCUUGCAGGGACUGCAGGCCGGAGAGUUCGCGCCCUUGGUCACCGGAUCCACGGGCUUCCUGGGAAGGAGCAUUGUGGCAGCGCUCCUGGAAUCGAGGGCAUGCAGUCGGGUCUUUUGUCUAGUGCGCGCUGCGGACCCUGCAGCCGCGCAGCAUCGUGUCAUAGAGGCAGCCAAGAAGGCGGGUGCCACUCACCUGCACCUUCUCGAGGCUGUGCCUGGGGACUUGCAGCAACGAAAUUUCGGACGACCCCUUGCAGACGUGCAGCGUCUAGCAGGCCGCGUCACACAUGUACUCCAUGCAGCGGCGAAGGUGAACUUGACUGAGCCCUUUGAGCUCAUGAAGAAGGACAAUGUCGAUGCAACGGCUCACCUUCUGGAGUUCUGUUGUAUUUCCAGACCAAAGCCUUUUCACCAUAUUUCCACCAUGGGUAUUCUGACGCCAGAUAUGCUGGACAGACACGGCAGCGUCCGGGAGAGCGCAGCAUUGGGGGACAUCCGAGCCUUGCCUCUCUACGGAACUGGUGACCAGGCCAACGGCUACCCUCAGAGCAAGUGGUUGGCAGAGGUGCUGGUGCUGGAGGCAGCCCGGCAAGGCCUGCCUUGCUACAUUCAUCGGCCUGGCCUGAUAGGUGGCCAUUCUGUGACGGGCGCAGCUGCCGAGGACGUGUUCUUCCACUUCCUGGCAGAUGUGCUGAAGCUCCGGCGUCUGCCGGGGAUGGACGGUCGCAAGUUCAACGUGACGCCCGUGGACUGGGUGGCCAAGGCCAUCGCUCGCAUAGCUCUCCCUGGCUUCCUUGAAGAGGGCAAGCUUCCCAGCGGCAGCGUUUUCCAUCCGGCCGCGCCUGGUGCUGAGUCUCCGCUUCAACCCCCCGUAGAUUUUACCCUGCCUCCGCGCGUGCUUUUGUUGUCCUUAGCUAUGUCUUCACGCGCGCACCUUUGGGAUCAAGUCCGAAGAGUAAAAAAUCCUGCUCGGGUUGGCUUAACGGUAGUUUGA